CCUUCAAUAUUUUGAAUUAUCACUUUUGUCCUUAGUAGUUAAUAUUUUGAUAUAUGUAAGUUCCAUUAAACCCUUUGCUCACAAAUAUCAUCACUCUUGUCUAGCUACCUAUUCAAUCUCCUCUCUCCCUCUUUCCCUAAAAAUCCUGAAAAUUCACUUAUUUGAUUGUUGUUGUUUCCAAAAGCUUGUUGCAAAUUAACUCAUUUCAUAAUUGCGAAAGACGUCAAUUGGCUGUUUUUGAUCCUUCCAAUCCGUAAUCAAACCAUAGUCUGGGACUGAUUCGGUCGAAGAAAAACUUGGUGCAAACUUUGUGAUGGUUUCGCCGUAAAUACAAACGAAUUCCUUCAAUUUCUAUGGAGCUUCCCUUCUUGACCAGUCUCCACACAGUGUCGGGUACCUCCUUGUGCCCUUUUUCUUCAAAAUCUUUCUUCAAAUGCUCUUUUUUGCGUCGCAGAAAGUUCUCAAGGAUAUUGAAGUGCAAUGUAAAGCCUCUUCGAAUUGAAUUGGGUCUAGAAAAAGAUUCUAUUUUAAAUGAAAAUCGAAAUAGCGAGAAUUGGGUUUCUGGGAUUUUACGUGAUGAUUGUGAGUAUGUCGAAGUUAUUGGCAUCGGCAGUAGGAAAGAAGCCGUUCUUGAUUUCUGUUUGAAUUCGUCCCUCUGUUCAUCGUCUUUGAGAUUUUGGAAUAUUCUUACCAAUGAUUCUGUAAAGGUGAAAUUACAACAAAGGCUCCUUGGAAAAGAUAUCACUCCAAGAAUCGUGGAAGCUCCAUUAGCUUGGCAGUCAUGUUCCAAAUCCAUUAUACUUGUGGCUAGUGCAGGUUACAGCUCAGAUCAUGUCACAGCCAUCAAUAACCUUAAGACAGUAAAUUGUGCAAAUGGAUUAUCUGUCAGUAUAAUUGUGAAGCCGUUCAGCUUUGAAGGACGAAGGCGCCAAGACGAGGUCAAGGAUCUGAUAGACAAACUUCAGGAAUAUACAAAUCUUUGUAUCGUGAUUGACACUGAUGAACUACUAAAGAAAGAUCUGGUAACUCUGGACGAGGCUUUGAAGACUGCAAACAAUGCUGUUUUAAUGGCCAUUAAUGCUAUAUCCAUUCUAAUAUCUGAGAUGCACAAAAAACUUCUAGAUGUACCAAAUAGUGGAAUGAAUGAACUCAAAGUUCCAGAAGUUAUAAAAAUUCUUAAAAGCUGUAAAGAAGUAAAAAUUGGAUUUGGAGCUGGUUACAACAUAAAUACUUCAAUUGUGCGAGCUAUAUAUGAUUGCCCAUUCCUUAGUAUUGGUGUAAAGGACUUGAAUGGUGUUGUCAUAUGCAUCCUUUCGAGUUCAGGUGAUAUCAGCAGCAGUGACUUGCGUGCCUUUUUGAAGGCUUUUCGUCAAACUACAGAAUAUAUGGGGGAAACUGUAAUUUCAAUGGUUCAUGAACCUAAUCUGGAGCCAAACAUCAUAGUAACCACAGUUAUUACCUUGGGUUACAGUGGACAAGAGACUUCUCAGAAGAGUGGCAUAUUCUCUAAACUGGCCCAACAUUUUCCUUUCAUUUUCAAUCUUUUGAGGAGGCACAGUUCGCCUGAAAAAUCACACAUUUCUGAGGAGAUGAAAUCACCGGAUUCUGGUGAAUUUGCAGAUUCUGGUGAAUUAUCAAAUAUAAUUCUGGAAGAUGGUUCAGCUGAAAGUUUUGGUAUUUACUCUGCAGAAAUCCAGACACUGUUGAGCAAAAAUGGUGAUGAAACAUAUUCUUUGAGGGAUUAUGGUGAUGGUUCUGAACCAAGUGAGAUUGAAUUUCCAGAGGCCGCUACUGAUUCUUCCAGCUUUUACAACCCAGACACUGAAGGAGCACCUGCUUAUCAGAGGGAGCCACUCAUCAGAUGGAAUUUGGGACCAGGAUAUCAGAUUGCGCAGGACUGGGCCAAAGAAGGAGCCACUGAAUCUGUAACCUCCCCAAUGCUUCACAACCUCAGCAUCUACAAACUUCCGGUUGGUGUAAAACCUUCAGAAGAGUUGGAAGAUAGUCCCAUUACCUUAAAAACCACAAAUUACCCCACGAAAACAAUUGAGGAUGAUAUGAAGGCACAGCCUGAGGUUACUCCAGUAAAGUCCUGGGAUGCUUUGACUGAUGCAGGUGUUGAUGCAGUGAUGGACUUUUCUAUUAACGCUUCUUCCCUAUUAAAAGGAACCUACAGUAAUGUUUCUAAGAAGCAAGGAGUUCUUUCAGUUCGUGCAGCAUCUAUGCUGGAAGCAGAACGAGAUUCACAAAAAAAAUGGAGCCCCAUGGUGGAGAUGAAAUACAGAGGAGGAAUAUACAGGGGGCGUUGCCAAGGAGGUCUUCCUGAAGGGAAGGGCUGUCUGUCUCUUGGGGAUGGAAGCAUGUAUGACGGCAUGUGGCGCUUUGGAAAGAGAUCAGGUCUAGGUACAUUCUACUUUAGUAAUGGGGAUGUGUUCCAAGGAUCGUGGAGGGAUGAUGUAAUGCAUGGCAAGGGAUGGUUUUACUUUCAUACUGGUGAUCGAUGGUUUGCAAACUUUUGGAAGGGGAAGGCCAAUGGUGAAGGGCGCUUCUAUUCAAAGCCUGGUGACGUCUUUUUUGGCCAAUUCAAAGACGGAUGGCGACAUGGCCACUUUCUUUGUGUGAAUGUGGACGGAGAAAGGUGUCUUGAGAUUUGGGAUGAAGGUGUUCUUGUAAGGCGUGAGCAGUUGGACUCUGAUGCUGGUGCUGUAUAAACAAAUCCAUUUUUGACUUGUAAUUUUAAAUUUAAUUUUACAAGUUCAAAUACAUCUUGCGGCUUAAUAUGCCUAGAGAAAGUGAGCUCACAAUUCAACAAGCAUGAUGGGUGGUGGGAGAGAUUGACGGAGUCUGGUUCAAUUGAAAUUUGAUAAUCCUUGUAAUCUCUUUUGAUACUUGUGUCAUUGUUGGCCUUUCCUCUGGAUUUAUACUAUGGCAUUUGGAUGUAAGUCUCCAUGCCAAUGAAAGCUUGUAUUGAUCUUCCAAAA